AUGAGCUUGAAACCCCAGCAAAGAGAGGGGCAGUUAACAGUCAGAGCCAUGCUGAAUGCUGUGGGUAUUCAUCUAGCUGGAUGGUCGUUAAACGUGGGACACAAAUUUUGUUGCAGGUUAUCCAACGUGCAGUUCAGGCAGCUCCUGCCCUUCAUAUUUGCCACUCAGAGAGUCAGCAGGGAUCCUGGGCUCUUGCUCAACGUCACUCUGGGCUACAACAUCUACGAAAACUACUUCGAUGCAAGGACGACUUAUGAUGCUACAAUAGACCUUCUCUCUACUGGGCAAGCAAACAUCCCAAACUACUGCUGCGGAAGGCGGAAUAACCUCUUGGCUGUCCUCGAAGGGGCUGACUCUGAAAUCUCUGGCCAGAUUUCAAAUAUGUUGAGCAUCUACAAAACCCCACAGGUCAGUUACGAUUUUGUUUCUCCUGCUCUGAAAGACAAAUCUCAGCUCCCUUUUGUCUACCGGAUGGUCCCAAGCGCUGAGACCAAGUACUUGGGCAUUGCCAAACUUCUGCAGCAUUUUGGGUGGAGGUGGGUCGGCCUCGUCGUUCCAGAAAAUGACAAUGGAGAGAGGCUCAUGAGGACUUUGACAGAAGUGCUGGCGAUGGAGGGGAUCUGCGUGGCCUUCUCAGAAAAAAUCCCAGCACUCGUUUUGUACAGAAAUAUUUCCCCCAUGAUGGCGUUCCUCGUGCAGAGGCAAGUCAACGUCGCCAUUUUCUCUGGGGACUCUCAAUCUGUUUUCGGUUUAGCUUACGUCGUAUUCCGGGCUGUGAGGAGCAAGCAGCCCACAGCAGGUAAAGUCUGGAUCAUGACGGCUUUGCAGGACAUCAACCUGAGUGCUCUUUACCGCAUGUUUGAGAUGCAAAACAUCCACACUUCAUUGGCCUUCCUAAUGCAGUUCAAAAAGGGGACGAGGUAUGAAAACGUCAAACCGCGGUUUGAUAAGAAAGGAUUUCGUUGCUUUCAUUUGAAGCAUGCGUUGACGGCAAGAGGUCAAAUGAGAUGCGUCGAGAAGAAGGAGAGCAUUUAUCAGGAGGUUGAUGGAGACAGCUUGACCCUGGACAGCUACCUGAUUUACAGUUUGGUCCGGGCUCUGGUGCUUGCCUUAAGGGCUACAUUUGCAUCCAGAUCCCGGCGGAUGGUGAGGGGAGGUGGAAGCGACUUGGUCUUCCAAAGGGUACAGCCAUGGCAGCUUCACCCUUUCCUGAGAAACUUCCACUUUGACAAUACUUCCGUAGACGGGCUGCACUUGGAUGAGAACGGACACCUGGCGGCCGUCUUCGAUGUUGUGAACGUGUUAGUGCUCCCCAAUAAAUCAAUUGAGAAAGUGAAGGUUGGGAGUGCAGAGGGACACAACCCCUCAACAAUAACGUUUGCUAUAGAUCCAGGUGCCCUUGUGUGGCCUGGGUGGUGUAACCAGACCCCGCCUCAUUCAAGGUGCAGCGAAAGCUGUCGCCAGGGAUACACCAAGGUAAUUCAUGAAGGCCAACCCUUUUGCUGCUACGGUUGCUCACGGUGCAUGAAAGGGACAAUUUCUGCUCUGGAAGAUGCAGACCACUGCACCAAAUGUCCAGAAGAUCAGCAUCCAAACAAAGAUCAAGAUCAAUGUGUCCCUAAGAUUAUCACCUUCCUGUCCUAUGAAGAGUCUUUGGGGACCCUCCUGACCUCCUUCACCCUAUUCUUGUCCUUAACCACAGGGAUUGUGUUAGGAAUCUUCAUUAAAUUCCUAGACACUCCCAUAGUCAAAGCAAACAACCGGGACCUCACCUAUAUCCUUCUUGUCUCCCUCCUGUUUUCCUUUUUGUCCUCUUUCCUGUUCAUUGGGCGGCCAAGGAAGAUGACCUGCCUUCUCCGACAAUCUGCCUUCAGUGUCAUCUUCUCAGUUGCCGUCUCUUCCGUGUUGGCCAAAACCAUCACAGUGGUCUUGGCUUUCCUAGCCACAAAGCCAGGGAACAGGGUGAGGAGAUGGCUGGGGAAGAGUUUGGCCAACUCCAUUGUCAUUUCCUGUUCCACUGUUCAAGUUCUCAUCUGCACCAUCUGGCUUCGAAUGUUUCCACCAUUCCCAGAUUCCGACAUGCACUCCCACCCUGGAGAGAUCAUCCUGCAGUGCAAUGAAGGGUCUGUUGCCAUGUUUUACAUUGCCCUUGGCUACAUGGGCUUCCUGGCUGCUAUCAGUUUCACAGUAGCUUUUUUUGCCAGGAAGCUGCCUGGGGCCUUCAAUGAAGCCAAGCUGAUCACCUUCAGCAUGCUGGUCUUCUGCAGUGUUUGGGUGUCCUUUGUUCCCACCUACCUGAGCACCAAGGGGAAGUACAUGGUAGCUGUGCAGGUCUUCUCCAUCUUGGCCUCCAGUGCUGGGCUUCUGGGCUGCAUCUUCAUGCCCAAAUGCUACAUUAUUGUAUUCAGACCUGAACUGAAUACAAAAGAGCACCUAAUGAUGCAAACAUCUGAGAAUAGGAACUAGAA